AUGGAGGCACUGAUGUAUUGCUACAUGCCUGGAGUUUCAAAUUUCGGCCGGCCCCUAAGGCACGAAGGCUGCAAGAGGCUUCCCUACUACUGCUCCGCCUAUUGCAGCUUCUACGCGACGCUUGCCAUUGCUGCCACCUUGCAAUUUACUAGUGUGUUCCCUUUGUACACACUGAUUGACGAAUUUGGACCUAUCAUGAGUGUCUCUAUUCUGUCCGGCUUCCUGAACAGCUUCAUCGUCUACAUCCAAGCUAUAAUACGCGGACGGACCCACAGGCUGUCGGGUUCUCCCAUCUAUGAUUUCUUCAUGGGUGCUGAACUGAAUCCGCGGAUUGGAAUUUUGGACUUCAAGAUGUUCUACGAGGUCAGAAUCCCGUGGUUUAUUCUGUUCCUUAUCACCUGCUCCGUGGCGGCUCGCCAGUACGAAACAUAUGGCUAUGUCUCAGCCGAGGUAGUCUUCCUGGCUGGAGCGCACUACCUAUACACCAAUGCUUGUGCCAAAGCUAAACAGAUGAUCAUUACAAGCUGUGCGAAUGGCCAGAAGAACGCUUUCCGCCACAAGGAAAAGGGCCAGCUUAUCAAGCGGAAGACGUUCCCUCAAGUGCCGUGGCAGGCUAUCGAGAACCCCAAGACAAUUCAAACAGACACAGGCGAUCAUAUUAUGGUCGAUGGCUGGUUUGCAAUCAUUCGAAAACCAAACUAUGUGCCUGACAUGUUCUUUUCUAUGUCAUGGGGCCUGAUUACCGGUUUCAAGAGCCCAUUCCCUUGGUUUUAUUUCAUUUUCUUCAUGGUAAUGAUCAUCCACCGCACGAACAGGGAUAUCAACCGAUGCCGAAGAAAGUACGGUGAGGCCUGGAAGCGCUAUGAGAGAGAAGUUCCCUAUUUGUUCAUCCCUGUAAGUUUCAAAAUAGCGACCAGAAAUGGUGGAACAUUGCUGACAAAUUUGGAGUAUGUGAUCUAG